CGAGAGAACCUUGAACGAAAAGCCCGCUUUGCUUCGGGCUCCUCCUUAUGUGACUCACCGGAACCACGUGGGUCCCAUUAAGCGGGGCCGGGCAAAAAGGAAGGCGAAUCCGGCCAGUUGUGGUUGUGGUGGUGGUAGUAGUGGGGAAAGGGAAAGAGAUGGAGGCGCUGACUGCGGGUAGCGUGGCGGCGUCUCUCCCAUGCGCGCCCUUGACGCCGGAGGAAUUGUCCGGGCAGCGGAAUUCCCCGAGAGCAAAGCCGAAUCUCGCCAGCUUGGAGGAAAUUAUUGCAGCCAAACCAAACAAAACACCGAUUCAGCUGUUGCUUGAAUAUGGCACAAAAGCUCACCUUAAUCCUGAAUAUGAAUUUGAAAAAGCUGAGGGAGAAGUACACAUGCCCAUUUUCACCUAUAAAGUCACCAUAGGUGACAUCGUUGCAACAGGACAGGGUUCCAGCAAAAAGAUUGCAAAACACAGAGCUGCCGAAGCUGCACUGAAUAUUUUGAAAAGCAGUCCAAAUGUCUGUAUUUCUAUGCCAGACCAUAUAAUCCCUGAACCCCUCAAUCAAGCACAGAAUCAGACCAAUCCAAUUGGAUCGUUGCAAGAACUGGCUAUGAAGAAGGGUUGGAGAUUACCUGAAUAUUCACUGGCCCAGGAGACUGGGCCACCUCAUAAGAGAGAGUUUGCAAUGACUUGCAGAAUUGAGACAUUUGUAGAAACAGGUAUGGGAACAUCUAAAAAAUUAGCAAAGCGACAUGCUGCUGAGAAAUUACUUGAAAAAUUCCACAAUUUUUGUCAGGAUAAUAUCACAAUUUCUUUAGGAAAAGAACAAAUGCAUAAUUUGGGAUGCACCUGGGAUAGCUUAAGGAACUCUUCUGGCGAAAAAAUUACUCUGUUGAAGAUAAGCUCCCUCAGUAUUCCCAAUACAGACUAUAUUCAGCUCCUUGGAGAAAUAGCAGAGGAGCAAGGUUUUAAAAUAAAAUAUUUGAACAUAGAGGAGUUGAGUGUGAAUGGACAAUUCCAGAGCCUCGUAGAACUUUCAACCAAUCCAACCAUAGUUUGCCAUGGGACUGGAAUCUCCUGGAGCAACGCCCACAAUGAUUCGGCCCACAAUGCGUUACAGUAUUUAAAAAUCAUGGCUGGGAGGAAAUAACCUUGAAAUGGGAAAAAGAAUGAAGAUGCGUGUGUAUAUAUAUAUAAAUAUAUAAUGUCUCUGUUUUAAAAUUGAAUGAUUUCCAAAUCAUUGACUCUUUUUUUUAAAAGUCACAUCACAAUGUCUGCAUUCAUAAUUGUAUAUUAUAAAGAAAAUGUAACUUAAACUUAUUAUGAUGUUUUUGUUUAUUUAUUUUGGAAAGCUAGAAUCAGGAAAACCAAAAGCUGUCAGCAGGGGAUGAGACACGCAGCUCUGCAGCGUUUGAUGAAUCUCAAUCCUCAGUACCAAAAUAGUGAUUAGUCUGCAAGCAGCUGUUCCCCAAAAGCAGCCUCAAAUCCGUUGCCUUCUUUCUCAAAUAUUGUUUUGUACAGGGAUAGGGAAGGCUGGCUUGAGGCAAACCUGCAGAAGAGUGCAAUGUGUGUUGAGGGAAGGAGUUUGUUCCUUAAGAAUGCCAUGCAUUGGGACCAGGAAAUCCAACUCAUUUUUCUCCCUUAUUUAUUUUUUAAAGCGUUGCCAUGUUUUCCCGAAAAUAAGACAGGGUCUUAUUUUGUUUUGACCCCCCAAAAUAAGCACUUGGCCUUAUUUUUAGGGAGGUCUUAUUUUUGAGGUGCAGGGGGCGGCAAGCAUGUGACCAUGCUUGGUCACCUCAUGGCUUCUGCUGUGUUGCAAUAUUUUCGGUGAUGGUUUGGGGGGGGGCUUGUUUUAGCGCAUGUGAUUAGCUUAUUAACUGGGAGGUCUUAUUUUCAGGGAAGGUAAUAUUUUGCCUUGUCAAAAUGACUAGAUAUUUCAC